GUUUUGUUGCCCCGUUUUCCCCCUCGUUUGUGUUGGAUUAUUAUGAACCAAAGGAAGUGAUUGAUAAGUACCUCUCAUUCUGAAAUAGGAGAAUAUAAAAUCGGAACCAUGGAUUUGAGAAAGAAAUUUAUCCAUAUUUCUUGUAACUCAAUUUAGGAUCUGCCUUUUGGUGGGCAUGCAUUGUUGUAUCAUGACCUGUUUAUUCCAAAAGAAAACAAGUUUGAAUUAAGCAUGAACGUUAUAAAGCACGCGUUACAAUAAUAAGUAAUAAUAAUUGCAUAUAGUAAAACAAAUUUGUAAACAUGGGAGAGGCAGAGAAAGAAAGAGUGAUUACCGGGGGAGAUUAUGGGUUGGAAGAAGAGAAAGAUGGAGAGUUCCAUUUACAUUUACAUUCACAUUCACAAACACAAACGCAGCAGCAGCCAAACACGUCCCUUGCGGAUCUGAACAUGCUGCUUGUAUUCCUUUCCUUAAUAUACAUUUCAACCGAUGAGUGCAUUGAAGAAGGAGAAGGAGAAGAAGACGAAGAUAAGGAGAGCACCCACAUCAGAAGGGAAAAGGAGCAGGUUCCUGUGGCCAAGGCAUGCACCCUAUCAAGAAUACAAGACAAGAGAAAUGAUCCUAAGCUUGGCAGGAGAUCCUUUCCAUCAAGAUUUCAAACUACCAUUAGAGAUUCCAGGCAUGGAAGAAAAAUGUGAAGAAAAGUAUCGUUCUACUUGUACGUGGGCGUGGAUUACAAUUACACAAGUUAAAUCAACGAUUACAGAGAACCGUUCGCAAAACUUUUGCCAGUGCUUUCGUACAUAUUCUUACGGGAACACCAACACCUUCUGUUUUAGAAGCCAUUGAUCACAAAAUGGAUGAAGGAGAUAGGGAAGUCUUGUACCUAGGCUAUGGCAAUCUCCUUGCAUUGUUUUCCAGAUGCCAUUUCUUGUGCACACAAGAAGUCUCUCUUAGACUGCUUCUUACCGUUUUAAUUCUGUUAUUUUUGGCUAAAAUGUAAAAGGUAAAAACUAUGUUGGGUUUAUAACAACUAUAAAUUAUCUUUGAAUGAAAACCAAGUUCAUUCAAAUACACGGUAAUAAUAUGUUACGCAAGUCCUAGAAUCAGAUAAGCCGUUCAUUAUACAUUUAUACUGAAUUCAAAGUAACAAAAAUUUGUACUGGAACAUAGUAAUCGGUUUUGAUCCCAACAAUUGGUAUUGUAAACAUAGGAUAUAUUCUAUCAUGUUCUAGGCAUAUAUAGCCACUCCUAUACAAAUAAUUGCCACAAUUUAGAUUCAAAAGGCAGUAUAUAGAUUUCUUCCACUAGAACCAAUAAUUCGAUGAAGGAAGAAUUCAGCUUACAUUUCGAACACUCUUCCACCCAAUCAGUUAACAAACCUGGACCAUUUGUAUAUUGAAUGAGCAAAAAGAGGAAUCAAGACGAUUACUUACAGAAAUAUAACAAAAAGCACCAAUUGCAAUCAACUACUAAUAAAAGCAAACUAAUAUCACGUUAUUUUAAAAGCAAACAUGAAGUAAAAAGAAAAAAAAAAAAAAGCCAGGGUUAUUGUUUGUGCAAGUCUGG